GAUGAAUCAUGAGUCUUUUUGCACGUCAUUUUGUGCUGCUGAUGAGUUCCCCACUACGGCGUUGCGAUAAUGCAGGAUUGAUGUUUAUUCUUUGCUUCGAUUUUAUCUGAUUUCCUAUUAAUUACGACGGAGUCCUUUCUCUAUUUCCUCGCUGAGAUACAUAUCUUGGUGGGAAAGUCACUCCUCAUUUCCUUAUCGUUCCUUUUUUUUUUUUUUCUCUCCCCUUCAUUUUUUUCUCCGCUCCCCAAAAAAUCACUCGCCACUUUUAUUCCCGCAAUUGUUGCUCGACACUACAAGGAAAAGAAAGGCCAAUUUUGGAUCUUAUUACUUCCCUCAUAUAAUACUGAAUCCAUCAACAUCAUGGCGCCCAAGAGAUCUCGAGAUGCCGUCGAUAACCCCGGCGAGAAGCGGGCGACUGAAGCGCCGAUUAAGAAGAAGAAGGGCUUCUCUGUUGGACCUGCGAACCUGCCCGACGGCACCUAUCGUCGAAAGACUCAAAAAAUCAAAUCCGAUUUGAUCCAUAAAGCCAAGAUCAAAAAAGCCUACGCCAAAAUCAAAGCCGAAGAACUCGCAGCUGCACCAACCAAGUCUAUCUAUGCCACGGAGGAUAAUGAGAAAAAUAAUGAUGACGAGACAAACGACAAGGCACCAGAACUCCAUCCAGACCGACAGGCCAUGUUGAACGAGCCAAUCCCCGAACCGACUGCCAAACCGGAUCGCUCGCAGAAUCGGGAGCGUCGAGCCCGGAAGCCCAAGCCGUCUGCUUAUGCUAAGGAGCUGGAAAUCGCCGAGAAACGCAAACAAGCGGCCGAGGCAAGGAGAAAAGAACGGGAGUUUAAGCAGAAGGACCGAGAGGCCAUGGCCCGGGCUAAACGGCCGGAUCAGAAUGGCAAACGAAGAUUGGGUAGGGAAAGCACGGUGUUGCUUAGUCGUGUGCAGCAGAUGGUUGGUAAAACGUAGAGAAUGAGGUGUUUUUUCGAAGGUGCUACGUUACGAGAUGUUGAACCAAAAGUACUCAAAAAUGAUACCCAACAGAUGUACAGUUUAG